UUCAAUCAUUCUAAAUGUGUUCUUUUUUAGCAGAAGAAACAAAAUUAAAAACAACAACACUGUGGACUUUGGAUUUUUCACAGAUGAAAAGUUGUUUGACUUUUUCUGCCAAAACAAGACAAAGAUGUCUACAAUAGAAGAGCCGUUGAUGUUUCUCCGACAUCUCAAGGACAAUAGACUCAUUACAGAUGAGCUUUAUCAAAAGCUUGAGAACACUGGUGACGAUAAUGGUGUGUAUUGUGCAUUGGAUUAUAUUGAAAAACGUCGAAAGAAGAAUGUUAGAAAGUACUGGGAAUGUGUGGCCCAGGAGCAUAUAUUACAGCGUUACUCUCAACUCUCUGACAUCACUGCAGCUCUGAUGAACUGUAAGAAAGCAUAUGUCUUGCUAUCUAUCAGUCUGUCUGUCUCACCAUCUGAGAAGUUUGAGGAUCGAGGCACAGGAAAAGAAAGAGAGGUUAAAAAGAGAAGGACAGAGAGCAACUCUGUGAGUGACCAAGCUGGACCAUCAUCACAAAGCAUUAGCAGCCAGAGGACGACAGAUAAACACGUGGAGAGAGAUCUUCAGAGCUCUUCAGACUCCAGCACAGAAUUGCCGUUUUUCCGUCCGUCCUUGCAUAGUAAAGCAGAGGAUCUCUGGAACAUGGAUAAACACAAGACAAUGCUUCCUGUCACAUGUGGGAAUAAAAAGGCCUUAUUGGACAGAAAAGCAUUGUAUAAAAGAAAGAGGGACUGCAUUAAAUGUGGCAGAGAAAUGAUCUCCCCUUAUAUGUUUGAGGAAAUGGGUGGAAAAGAAUCAUGCAAGUCCUGGAAAACAAGUAUAUUAUGCCAAGGCACAACCCUCCAGAGUCUCAUUGAGAUGAAUAUUUUGAAGAUACCCAAACUUAAUGGAAAAUUUACCCUUUGUAAAUGAUGUGCCGUGCAUCACAUUAUUUAGCAUUUUCAAUCAGUCAAUAUACUGAGCUUACGAAUCCACUAAUUUUUCCACUUUUAAUAAAGUCAGUCAAUGAA